AUGUCUGCUCAUGAUAAUAUGAUGACGACGAAUUCAACAAAUUUUUAUUAUCAACAAUAUCAUCCUUCGCAAGCAUCAUUAUUACAGCCAACAACUAACAAUACGGACUUUAAUAAACUCGAUAAAGAUCUGAUAUACAAUCAUCCACUUUUUCCUUUACUUGCUAUUGUAUUUGAUAAAUGUGAACUGGCAACAAAUUCUCCUCGUGAUGCUAACAAUCCAAAUUAUGCUUGUUCACUUGCAUCACUUAAUGAAGAUGUUGUUGCAUUUACAAAACAAUUAACUAAAGAUCAUGUACUCUGCCAGACAUCAAAUGCUGAAGUUGAUAAUCUUAUGAUACAAGCAAUACAAGUUUUAAGAAUUCAUUUACUCGAAUUGGAAAAAGUCCAUGAAUUGUGCGAUAAUUUUUGUCAACGUUAUAUUCAUCUAUUAAAAGGGAAAAUGCCUAUGGACAUUAUUAUGGAUGAUCGCGAUUUAAGUUUUUCAAAAUCUGAAGAUGAACAAAGUGAAAUGAGUAAUCAUGAUUAUGAACAAGAUAUCAAACCGGUGCGUUCAUUGUCUCAAACAUCAACAAAUGAUCAUAAUCAAACAUUAAAAUCAAAUUCGGAUUCAUCAGAAUCACGAAGUCCAACUCAACAUCACCAUCACCAGCAGCAGCAGCAGCAGCAGCAACAACAACAACAACAGCAACAAUUCUUAUCUAUUCAACAAACUAAUAAUUAUACGCCAUCAUCAACAAUUCAAUAUUCUCAUCAAUCAAUAGAUGAAACAGAUAAAAGUAGUGAGAAUUUUGAAAGUUCAAUCGAAGGUGAUUAUUAUGAAGAAAACGAUGAUAAUAAUAAACGUCGUCAAAAAAAACGAGGCAUUUUCCCUAAAGCAGCAACAUCAUUGAUGCGUGCAUGGUUAUUUCAACACUUAAAUCAUCCGUAUCCAUCUGAAGAACAGAAAAAGAUUCUUGCUCGUGAAACUAAUCUUAAUAUUUUACAAGUGAAUAAUUGGUUUAUUAAUGCUCGAAGAAGAAUCGUGCAGCCAAUGAUUGAUCAAUCAAAUCGAACUGCACUCACACAAAAAGUAAUAGGACCGGACUAUAAUGAUUUAAUGACAGCAAAUCCUUAUCAUACAUUUGAUCCAAGUCGAGCAUCAUAUGGAUUUCAACCAAACCUCUAUGACGAAAUGACACCGCCACCAGCUUAUUGUCCGCCAUCAAUGUCUCAUUCAUCAGCGUAUCCAUCGAUGCAUCCAAAUUCGUUUUUUGCAGCUGCAGCAGCCGCAGCGGUUGCUGCGGUUAGUAAUAAUUCAACAUCUUUACAGCAUGGUAUAUCUCCAUCAUCAUCUUAUCAUGGACAAGCUAACGGCGAAUAG